ACAAACUCACCAGCUCUGCCUUCAACAAACACACCAACAUCAGGAAUAUUAUUUCGAAUUUUCUUGGAGCAGUUGGCUGGUCAGACCAAUGGCUUUGCUGAAAUCUGGCUGGCUCUGGAGACAAUGUAAAUUUCAGAAACAGCUUCAGUUCUCAAACGCUGGAAACUAAACUGGUGUGACCUGUGGAUAGACGGGAGCUUCAUGUUUUACAAAUCUGAAAACAGAAGAGACUUUGAGACCAGAGAGAGUCUGAAGACCAGCUGUGUGAAUGUGAAGUCUGGACUAGAGUGUGCAGGUGUAUGUCCCCCUGAGACUCAUCCAAGAGAGAAUCUGCUAGUGGUGCAUCUGAAGAACGGGUCUACUCUAACCCUGUGUGCCAAUAGUGAAGAUGAGGCCCUAGCCUGGAAACUCACACUUCUGGAAGCCAGAAGAAAUCCUGUUUUCACUUACAAUCCCUCUGAUGAUACGUACCAGACCGUUCCAAUUGACAGCCACAAUGCAGUCUACAUCAUGCCAGGAACAGGUUGUGGAGGGACUCAGCAUGUGUGGGUGCACAGAGACACUUACUACGACGGCAUUGGAGAACAGAUCGCAUUGGGUCUCUUGGCUGGAAUGGCUGCAGGUGCAGCGAUGCGCUCACUUCUAUGGAUGCCCUUCUGGUUCUGCUGAAGUCCAAUCGGACCAAUCCGAAUCAUCACUGAAGUACCAAUAGCCCCAGAAGACAAGAACAAACCCCAGUGACAGUGAACUCUCGUCUUCCUGAAUAUACACAUGCCGUUUAAACGCAGUAAACAUCACGGUCAACUAAUGUUUUUAUGAUGAUGAUUUAAAUGCAUAUAAAAAUACAGUACAUUAAAAGUACAAAUAUGGUAAAAAAAUGGCAAUAAUUCUGUUAUGACAAAAUGUAUGUUUUAGCACACAACUAAAUACAGAAUUAGCAUUGUCUUGCUGCUAUUUUACUAUUUUGUGUAUAAUGUAUAUAUAGUUAUGUGUCAUUAUAUUCUGUUGCUUAGUAUUAAGAUAACCUAUUUAAAUGUAUAAAUAGCUCCAGGAAUUUCCCAGUUAUAAAAAAUAUUAAUUUUAUGUUUUAUAGCAUGAGGUUUGGGGAUAGCCACCACACCUUUGAUUGCUCUUUAAAUGUAAGAUUUAAAGUUUUCUAACUACAAAAAAUUGAGAAAUAUGUUUGAGCUGCUUAGGAAAUCAGUUCUCAGGAUUGACCACUAGAGGGGGGCAGAGCAACAUCGAGACUGCACUACCGAUUUUGCAGUUUCAAACUUUUAUGCACCUUAAGUUUAAAUAAAUGAAAGCU